AUGGAGCGCUGGCCUUGGCCGUCGGGCGGCGCCUGGCUGCUAGUGGCCGCCCGCGCGCUGCUACAGUUGCUGCGCUCAGACCUGCGUCUGGGCCGCCCGUUGUUGGCGGCGCUGGCGCUGCUGGCCGCGCUGGACUGGCUGUGCCAGCGCCUGUUGCCCCCGCCGGCGGCACUCGUGGUGCUAGCUGCUGCUGGCUGGAUCGCGUUGUCCCGCCUGGCGCGCCCUCCUCUCCUGCCCGUGGCCACUCGCGCGGUGCUCAUCACCGGUUGUGACACUGGUUUUGGCAAGGAGGCAGCUAAGAAACUGGAUGCCAUGGGCUUCAUGGUGCUGGCCACUGUGUUGGACUUGAAUGGCCCUGGUGCCCUAGAACUGCGUGCCUGCUGUUCCCCUCGCUUAAAGCUGCUGAAGAUGGACCUGACCAAGCCAGAGGACAUCCGCCAUGUGCUGGAACUCACCAAGACUCACACCACAGGCACUGGCCUGUGGGGUCUGGUUAACAACGCUGGCCUCAACAGCGUAGUGGCUGACGUGGAGCUGUCUCCAGUGGCAACUUUCCGAAACUGCAUGGAGGUGAACUUCUUCGGUACACUUGAGCUGACCAAGGGCCUCCUGCCACUCCUGCGUCACUCAAGGGGACGGAUUGUGACCGUUGGCAGCCCAGCAGGAGACAUGCCGUACCCCUGCCUGGCAGCCUAUGGCACCUCCAAGGCGGCUGUGGCACUGCUUAUGGACACGUUUGGCUGUGAACUGCUUCCCUGGGGUAUCAAGGUCAGCAUUAUCCAGCCUGGCUGCUUCAAGACAGAGUCAGUGACCAAUGUGAACCUCUGGGAGAAGCGCAAGCAAUUGCUGCUGGCCAGCCUGCCUGGAGAGCUGCUGCAGGCCUACGGUGAAGACUACAUCGAGCACUUGCAUGGGCAGUUCCUGCAUUCGCUCAGCAUGGCGGUGUCUGACCUCAGCCCGGUUGUAGAUGCCAUCAUCGAUGCACUGCUGGCAGCUCAGCCACGCCGCCGCUAUUACCCAGGCCGUGGCCUGAUGAUCAUGUAUUUCAUCCACCACUACCUGCCAGAGGGCCUGCGGCGCCGCUUCCUGCAGAAUUUCUUCAUCAAUCACUGUCUGCCCCGAGCACUGAGGCCUGGCCAACCUGGCCCUGCUCCUGCUCAGGGCCCAUCCCAGGACCCAAACCCUUCCUUAGCGGCAGCUCAGUGAGCCACAGAUGGCCUAAGUGCUCCAACAGGAAAGGCUCCAUGAGCCCUUGGCCUUCUUUCCUAGCCAUUAUAAGCCCCUCAACCUUGCCCCAGAACAGCAGUUUUUAAACUGUGGGUCUGACCCCUUUGACAAAUUUCUAUCUCCAAGAAUAUUUACAUUAUGAUUCAUAACAGUAGCAAAAUUACAGUUAUGAAGUAGCAACAAAAAUAAUCUUCUGGGUGGAGGUCACCAUAUCACGAGGAACUGUAUUAAAGAGUUGCAGCAUUAGGAAGGUUGAUAACCACUGCCCUAGAAUUUGUGUUAAGAAA